GUCUAUUUGAAAAAUUUCACAGGUACUUUCACUAGACAAAAUAGUGGUGAGUUAGAAUUUUUAAAGAUAUUCCAGUCUUCAAACUUUCGGUUUCUAGACUCAUAUCAGCCUAAACCUAGUCUGUCAAGAAUUACUAUAGCCCCAAAGCAGACAUGGAGCUUCAAGAAAUUAACAUAUCCGAAGCCAAACCUCUGCUGUUUGAGAAGUCAACGGCUGGUGAAACGGUUGUUGUGGAAUGCUCGUAUAUUUACAAUGGCGCAUCACACUCUGUUGAUGUACAUGUCACCAUUCAAGGUGAUCGCUCAACCGGAAAGCCUUUCAUCACUUUCCAUGACAUCGGGAUGAAUCACGUAUCCAACUUCAGCUCUUUGUUCAACUCAGAGCACAUGGAAUCCAUUCGCAAUCGUUUCUGCGUCUAUCACAUUGAUGCACCAGGGAUGCAAGAAAACGCUCCCGAUCUCAGUAAGGAGACGGGAUUUGCUUAUCCAUCCAUCGAGAAUCUUUCCGAUAUGGUCGCCAAGGUUUUUACCAAGUUUUCCAUCAAGGAGGCCAUCUGCAUUGGAUGCGGACUUGGAGCAAAUGUUCUAACUCGCUUCGCUAUGAAGAAUCCCACUCUUGUUGAUGGCCUGAUUGCUGUCAAUGCCACUAGAGGAGCUGUUGGAAAUCUUUCAUGGCUGGGCAGUAAGAUCACCAACUGGGCAACUCCCCUCCACGAGCAGCUACUGAAUUACCAUUUCUCAAAAGAGGAAGUUGAACGCGCCAACCAUGAAUUAGUCGAGGCUCAUCGCAAACAUCUGCAGAACAACAUGAACGCAAACAACGUUCAACUGUUGCUGAAGGAGUACGAACGUCGCACUGAAAUCAACGUGUUUCGCACUGUCGGACCCACUACAGAAGAGGGCGAAAAGCAUUCAAUUCCGUGCUCCACACUCCUCCUAGUGGGUGAUAUGUCUCCAUUUGUUGAGGAGGUCGUGGAACUCAACUCUCGACUCAACCCAAGAAAAACAACAUUCUUGAAGAUGGCUGAUGCGGGCGGGAUGAUCCUCGAAGAACAGACAUUCAAGGUUGCGGAAGCCAUCACUUACUUCCUGCAAGGUCUUGGCUACAUCCCAUCUGUCAUCAUGUCACGUCUCGCACGAUCUCGUACAUAUUCUGGCUGUUCCACGGGAUCACAGGAUCAAGACACAAAGAAUCGCAUCCGUACGCUUUCUGGCGGCUCCAUGGGGAAGGACAUAGCGGCAGGAGACACUCCACUGCAGAAACCGAUUAUUGAAGAGGUGGCAGCGGGAGAUGACAUCAUAGCCAAGACGUCUGACAAGGCAAGGCUUGUUACUGAGGGCGUCUGCUAAACUGUAACAUACGUAUUAUUGUAUUCAGACUGACUGUUGGGAUUUAUUAAUGUUCGUGUUUUGCUAGUGUCGCUCGUUUCGGAGGAUGGACAAUUAACUUCAUUAAUUUGUAGCGGACUCAUUAAAUAAAAUUGGCGUAUGCUACGAGAUUUCCUACCUAUAUGUUUUUGAAGCAGAUGCAUAUCCAACCUGUAUUAUUGUGGUAUAAUAUAGUUCCUUUUUGAUUAGAUGCCGACCCUGACUUGUAAUGUAGAUUAGGGAUCACAGAUUAUUUCUUACUUAAACUCUGUGCUAGUAUGGCAUGAGUUCUCAUGCUUCAGGCUUGUUUAAUAUGGAAUUUGCAUAAAUCUGUUAUAAUUCAUUCCCAACAAAUCUGUUUGUUAUUUUUAUUAAACUCAUGACCCCUCCCCCCUGUUGACCAGAAUACUAACACUUUGUCCUUGUAGUCUGUAACGAGCCUAUAAUUAUUGUUUGUUUUUUAAUUUCCUUAUUAGUUGUUUUUUCUCUUGACCCAUUUUCAGGAUAAUUGUCAACAUUUGGCCACUUUAGGAAAAAAUAUGGUUCCAAUAUUCUAAAUAAAAUUCCUCAUAAUAAUAAUGAUAGAAUUUUAACAUUUUCUAUGUAAAGUAAAACCAAUGAUUGUGAAGUUAUGAUUUGUGACAAUCUGACAAAUAUCACAAAACAUUGAAAUUUAUUGCCCUCAAGCUGAAAAUGGGUUAAUUUUGGUUUAAGGUGCUUUAUUAAUUCAUGCUUGUUUAAUUUUUUGUUUUCAUUUUUCACGAAUUACCCAAUAUUCUUCUCAUCCAUUCAGCUCAAUAUCAUUUCAUACCUUGGGAAUUGUUAUAUUUGGCUAUGAUACAACACAGAACACUUUCACAACCCUGGACUACUCAUUCAAAAGUUAUAUUUUCCAUUAGGGAUUUGGGAACCAAAAUUGUUAUUCUGUAGUUAAUAAAUACCUGUUGUACAAAAUUCAUAUUCACUGGUUUUGCUGAAAAGCAGGCCAACAUUACAUUGAUUUGUGAGCUAAUAAUCAUAACCUUUUGUUUGACAUCAUGUCAGUACAGCCUCAUUAUGAGGUGUGUUGGAGGUGUGUACUUGUUUACUGUGCUCAAACGAGACCAACGUGUCUUGAUAGAUAUGGAUGUAAAUAUUGACGGAUGGGUUCACAUGUUGGAGGGGGUUGAAUAAUAAACAUUACAACCUCAGCACCAGAACAUACCUGUUUAACAUUGAGCUUUGGAAUAUUGAAUAUUUUACCAGAUGAGGAUCCCAGAAUUGUGACUACUUUGGGCAAUAGCAUUUUAUUACCCACUGGUAUUAUUAAUGCUCUCAAAUCACACUGUUAUUGAGCCUCAGCAUGUAUAUAAGCCCUUUCCUGUAAUGAUUUGAAAAUUUCUGAUUCUCCAAAUAUAUUUCAACCUUAAAUAUUUCAAUCAAUUUUGAAAUUCAUUUCAACUGAAUGCUGUAGAUAGGUGUCGUUAGUCUCAAAUCACAUGCUGAUGUUAAUCAUUGGCAUGUAUACAGAAUGAUUGUCCUUUGCCAUUUAUUGGUUUGAAAAUUUCUGAUUUGGGAAUGUUCAUUGUUCACUUUUAUUAAGAUAUCUCAACAUUCUUUUUGAUUUUUGUUUCGACUGGAUAAACUAAUAAUGGAGACCCCUUGCACGUCAUAUCAAUCUCUACACUUUUUGUGUACCUAUCUGGCGGAAGAGUUAUCUAUAGGGUUGUUAAAGAUUUCACUCGUCUGUGACAAUAUAACAGAUUGUUCUUUGUGUCAGUUUGUUAUAGUUUUAUAUAUAAAAACACCAUCCAUGUCCCCCUGGCUCUACUGUAAAUAAUAACUUUUGCAUUUCCUGCCUUUUUUUCUUUUUGUAGUGUUGUGUGUUUGUUCAUUGUUUCAUGAUUUAUAAUUAUCACUGUUGUAAUUAAUUAG